AUGCCGCGGCAAGGGGCAAGGAAGAAGCAGCGCCAGCGAGCUGCCAGUGGAAAGGCCUCGCAAGCAAGCGGCGAUGUACCGCCGGUGUCAGAAGGCAAGAACGCCUUGAAGCGGGCCGAGCGCGUCGGUCCAUCAGCAGACAUUGAGGCGGCUCUUACAUGGAGAGGCAAGCGCUGCGACAAGCUCUUCGAGCUUGCAAGCCGCCCCGCAAUACGAGUUGCAGUGGGCGGAUCAUUCGUAGAGGUUGCCCAGGACCGAUCCACCCAGGAGCACAGCGGUGGAGUCGUGUGGGAAACAGCCUUCUUCCUCUUGCGCUAUUUGCAGCAAGCCAUAAUCCCAGGCUUGCGGCGAAGUGAAGGACGCCCACUUCGUGUUGUUGAGCUUGGAGCAGGAUGCGGUUUGCUUGGUCUCGGAUUGUCUCGUCUUGGAUGUGAGGUCGUCCUUACAGAGCAGCAUGUUGCCAUGGAAAACUUGGUGCGGAAUGUGGAGGCUGCGAACAAGAGCUUGCAAGGAGAGGACUUCGUGCCUGCCGAGGCUUUGGAACUCGAUUGGGGCAGCGAAGCGAACAUGACAGCCGUAAGGAGCAAAGGAUCCUUCGACCUGGUUGUUGGCUCGGACAUUGUCUUUGCCAGUCGACUUGUUCAGCCGUUAAUCCUGACCAUCCGAACACUUCUGAAGGGAUCCUCGAGUGCCACAUGCUGGCUGUGCCUGCAGAGGCGUGAUCCCGAUGCGCAUGCUCUGCUUUUGGUGGAGGCUGCGAAGAACUUCAAGGUCCAGGAGCACUCUUUUGCAGGCUGUGACGGUUUGGAAGCAGCUUGCGAGCUUGAGUGCAUACUCUUGUGCUUGAAGCUCACAGGAGAGCAGGACAUGGACAUGGACCUGGAGCACCUGGAGCCUGUUGGAGGCAUUCCGAUGCCACCGGAAGCUUGGGAACUUCUGUCCAUAUGGUCAGAGGUCUGGGAUGCACCACGCUUCCGAGCGCAUGGCUUGGCUUCGGCUCGGCUGAGCAGGGAGGCUGUCAUGCCCUUGCUCAAGCUAGCCGCCUCGUGUGUGGCAGCAGUACGGAGACACCUGCAGGGGAGCAGCGCAGCUUUGACGGUGCCGCUGCAUGGAGCCUCCAGAGAGCUCCUGGUACAGGAGAAAAGAAUUGUGUCAGAAUCCGGGCAAGUUCAAAACGAACUGUUGAGUCGAUGCCUGAAGAUUCUGGUUGUGGAGCAGGCUGCACAGAAACCCAAAGAUUGGAUCGAGUUUUGGGCCAAGAUGAAUGUUCCCGUGGAUAGCCAGUCAAGAGUUCUUACAGAGAUCAUUGCCUUCUGCCUCAACGAGCCCCCCGUGGGUGGCCUCGGUGCCGUCCUGGCCGAGCUCAUUAAGGGCCAUCGCGUGAAGACGCGGGCAGUGGAGGAGGCCGUGGAAACAGCGAUGGCCGGAGGUCAGGAUGCCAGGGGGGUGUUGCGGCAGAUGCUCUUUAGCAUUUAUCCCAAGAGCCCGGACUCCGAUUGGGGCUGGGCUCGCGUGGGAUGGAGCUGGCAGGAAUGGUGGAAAAUCGUCGAAAGAACGAUUGGCGGCCUUGAGAAGCUGGCUGCCUUUGAUGAGUUGGGCUUGCUGCUGGAGAGGUUGGAGUUAGAAGGUGGCAAGCCCCUUUCUGAUCAGUCCAUCUGGUCGGAGCCCAGGUUGGCUAAGGUUCGCGAUUCUCUUUGCAAGUUUGCCGAGGUAACGGACACUGACUUGCAGGCAUGCCUCGCCGCAAGUCUAACGAGCGCGACAGUUGCAGCAGCCGAUGCAGAAUUCAAGGGCAAGGGUUUACCUGACCCGCGAAGGAACCCUGUGGAUUUUGUCCACGAGCUGGUGCACGCGGCGUUUCUGACAGGAGAUGGUGAGUAUGCAGACGGGAUGUCCGAGGCAGGAGCGUGUGUAUGGCAUGCUGCUGUCCAGUGGCCCUCGGCAUGUUGGUGUGCACAUGUCUGUGCCCGGCGUCCUGAAGAACACUGCUUUGUACAACCUGUUCCCGGAAUGCAGCGGCUGCUACGGAAACCGGUUUGUUAUUGA